AUGCAGUCAGAGAACGAUCCAACUAUACAAGAUAUACAUGAUAUUGUUUCAACACAUACGCAUUCAAGUGGCAAAAAUACUCUAAAGGAAAGAUUACGUACGUGGGCAAUUGAACAAAAUGUAACACAAAAAUGUCUUACAGCUUUAUUGCGUAUUUUGAAGGACGAAGGUUAUAAUGAAUUGCCCAGUGAUUCCAGAACUCUUUUAAAUACACCAAAGAAUACAAUUAUUCGCGAGUGCGGAGGUGGACAUUACUUUCACUAUGAUGUUGCACGUGCGUGUGAUGAACAAAUUCUGUUCGUGGAAGACAAUGUUACAAUUGCCAAUGAAUCGCAAUCUACUGCAGAUAAUAGUACGAUAUCGAAUAGUGAUCUAGAUGAUCCGUAUGAUAUACAAAAUGAUGAUCUAGAUGAUUCACAUAAUAUUAAAAAUUAUAAAAUUCACACAUGUUGUAAUGCAUGCCGUAGAGAGAGAGACAGAGUACAAGAUAAAAUAUUUAGAAAAUUGAAUCUGCUUAUCAACUUCAUUGCAAAUCCGGAAACAAACCAAAUAGUCGUAACAAAUGAAGCAAAUUUAUUACCAGAAUUUCCAUUAGCAACAAGAAAAUCAUUUUUAGAUAUGGAGAAAGAUUUACAAACAGAAAAAAUCCGGAAACAAUUUAAUAGUAAAAUUGCGAGAAUUGGAGGAAAUUCUUUUAGUGGGAAAACAAGAAACAUAUUAAAAUUUGUUUUGGUAGACACAUUGUGUCAAAAAUUAUCAUGGACAGGACGAAAUGAGUCUCUGGGAAUAAAGGAUACAGUAUUUGCCAAUAUUAUUAUAGAAUAUGUGUCUAAUGCAGAGCAAUGUAGUUUGCACGAAGUACAAAAAGUGAUUCAAGAGUGGUUACGGCAUGCUGGAGAUCGAGUUAAAUAUUCCCAAAAAACUUGCAAAUAAACACAAACA